GAAAAAUUAAAACAAAAAAAUAAAUAUUUAAUUCAUAUUUAAAUUGACAAUUAAUUUGUAAUUAAAACCCAAUUAAGCGAUGAUUUAAUGAAUCAGUGAUUUCAUUGUCAUUGUGUCGACGACUCACGAGUAAAAUUUGUGAUCAAAUAUCACUCACAGACACACAUCUGGUCAGCGGAUCAGUCAUCUGUGGCCGCACUUCGAGGACAUCGACGGGUGAAGCGAAACGCGGACCAAAUCGGUAGCCAUGGAAUCGAUUCGCGAGUCUUCGGACCAAUUGGUGAAGAGUGUCGAGUGCUAUAACAGUCGACCGCUAGUUCUUCACGGCUAUUUCGGUCCAUUCGUGUCCAUAUAUAUUAUCUUAAUCUACAAUUGGUUGACAUAUUAUUCCCAAACGGAAUCGCAAGAGAUUUGGUUCAUCGCUGUCGCGGUUGUGGUCGUACUUCAGAUACUGUCGUAUCUGUUCAGCCAUUGGUCCGUUCACUGCAAGAGUUUUCUCGCCUUUACUAAAGCGUCGAGUCCACUGUCGGCCGCGUUUGUCAAAGUGGUUCCGAUGCCGAACAACGGGUCGCCCGAAUUGAUUCGUCUCUAUCGCACAAAACGUGAUGACACU